AUGACUUCCUCUUCUGUUGUUGAUAAACCUCCGGUAAGACGUGUUGCUAUCUUUGGAGGAACUCAUGGCAAUGAGUUAUCAGGGGUAUUUUUGGUCAAGCACUGGCAAGAGAAUGGAGCUGAGAUUCAAAGAACUGGAAUGGAAGUAAAACCAUUUCUUACCAACCCAAGAGCUGUGAAGAAGUGUACUAGAUACAUUGACUGUGAUCUGAACCGUGUUUUUGACCCUGAUAAUCUUGGCAGGACAGUGGUGGAAGAUAUUCCAUAUGAAGUGAGAAGGGCUCAGGAAAUCAAUCAUAUAUUUGGGCCAAAAGGUAGUGAUGAUGCGUAUGACCUUAUUUUUGACCUUCACAACACCACUUCUAACAUGGGUGGUACCCUUAUUCUUGAAAACUCCAGGGAUGACUUUACAAUUCAAAUGUUUCAUUAUAUCAAGAAUGCUUUGGCUCCAGAACGAUGUCCUGUUUUGCUGAUUGAACAUCCUAGCUUGAAAUACGCAACAACUCGAUCUGUAGCAAAACAUCCUGUUGGCGUGGAGGUGGGUCCCCAGCCACAAGGUGUUGUUAGAGCUGAUACUCUGGACAAAAUGAGGAAGAUUGUCAAACAUGGCCUUGAUUUUGUGCAACUUUUUAAUGAAGGAAAGGAAUUUCCACCAUGUACAAUCGAGGUUUUUAAAAUAAUGGAGAAAGUAGAUUAUCCCAGGAAUAAAAAUGAUGAAGUUAUUGCUAUUAUUCACCCUAAACUGCAGGAUCAAGACUGGCAGCCACUGAACAAUGGUGAUCCUCUAUUUUUAACUCUUGAUGGAGAAGUAAUUACAUAUAAAGGGGACUGUACAGUCUAUCCAACAUUUAUUAAUGAAGCUGCAUAUUAUGAAAAGAAACAAGCUUUUGUAAAAACAGUAAAAAUGACACUCACUGCAAAACACAUUAGAUCCUCAGUCUUAGACCAGAACACUUCUUAAAAGCUUAUUACAGAUUUUCAGUACAAAAAGUGGAUUUCUUCUCUGCAAAAUCCAGUCUUAUUCAGUAGUAAUUCA